CAGUUGAUCUUCUACCUUCAAAUUAAAUUAUUACUAUUUUUUUACGCGGAAACGUCAGGCUGUCCAGUCUGAAUGCACGAUAAUUUUCCCCUUUCUCUUACAGUUGACUCUUCGCAGUUCGGCGACAGCAGCUCUCAGAAACCCUUGUUGCUCCCUUGUCAGAGGGUCCUUCAGGGACCGCCGUCCCCUUUCCCUGAUCCUUCCCGUGCGCGGUCAACCCCGGGCCUAGAGCGGCGGGGCGUUCCUGUUUCUUAUCCUUGCUACAAUAUUAACGGCGUGUCCGUCGCAGCGUACUGCUUCGCCGUAUCACGGCUAUUCCAGUAUGGCCGCUUCGCUGCCAACUUCGGGCCCCCGCGGAGGCGCCGCCCCAGCGUGUACACCGACAAUGGCGGCCUCGCCGUUGGGCAAGUUCUACACCAACGUGUGACUUAACCCCACGAGGUGGAAGCCAAUCAACUUGUGCCUUAUCACGUAAACGCGCUGGGCACGUUCUGCGCAGUACGUAACCCGAUAGAGCGUGCUCUGGGAGGCAGGGGGGGCUUGAACCGGAAGACUACGUGGCAGUGUGGGCGACUCCCACCCCCAUGGUUAUGUUCAAGGCCGAGAACGAGGGAUGACGCACAAGAUUGCUGCACGGCAAACCAAAUACCCUCACGCCAAGAGGCUAUGGUGCUUGUAGACUCGUGAGCCUGCUAGGAUCGGUGAG